ACGUGACCAAUCACUGCGGCAACUUUUUUUCGCGGCAGAAAUCAUCAGUUCAGACCGUCCAGGCCAGAGACUUCAUUCCUCCCCGACCAAAUUGACCGUUGCGGAAUAACCCACCGCUCGGAAGUCUUUCAAGAUGUCGUCCGACGAAAUCGUCUGGCAGGUGAUCAACCAGCAAUUCUGCGCCUAUAAGCUGAAAACCACCAAAAACCAAAACUUCUGUCGCAAUGAAUACAACGUGAGCGGACUGUGCAACCGGCAAUCCUGCCCAUUGGCCAACUCGCGGUACGCCACGAUCCGGUCCGACCCUGAGACGGGAGCGAUGUACCUGUACAUGAAGACGGUGGAACGGGCGCACAUGCCCAGUAAAUGGUGGGAGCGGAUACGAUUGUCGUCGAACUACGCGAAGGCGCUGGAACAGUUGGAUGAGCGACUGAUUUACUGGCCGAAGUUCCUGGUGCAUAAGUGUAAGCAGCGGUUGACGCGGUUGACGCAGGUGGCGAUUCGGAUGAAGAAGUUGGCGAAGGAGGAUGAGAGGCUUGGGGAGGCGGUGGUGGCGAAGUUGGCGCCGAAGAUUCGGCGGAGGGAGGAGGCGAGGGAGAGGAAGGCGGAGAGUGCGGCGAAGAUUGAGAGGGCGAUUGAACGGGAGCUGAUUGAGCGGUUGAGGAGUGGGGCGUAUGGGGAUCGGCCGUUGAAUGUGGAGGAGGGGAUUUGGAAGAAGGUGUUGCGGGGGUUGGAGAGGAGUGGGGAGGGAGAGAGGGAUGAGGAUUUGGAUGAUGGGGAGGAGAUUGAGGAGGAGGAGGAGGAUGAGGAGGGCGUUGGGCAGGUCGAGUAUGUUAGUGAUAUUGAGGAGGAUGAUGAGGAUUUGGAGGAUAUUGAGGAUUGGAUUGGUGGGGAGUCUGGGGACUCGAGUGAUGAUUAUGAUGAUAGUGAGGAUGAGGACAGUGAGGAGGAGAGUGAUGAGGAUGAGAGCCAUCACAGUGAGGAGGAGUCCAAGAAGCCUAAACCGGGCUUCAAGCGGAAGCGUCCUGCUCCUCAGAUCAAGCCUAGGAAGAAGGGUCCUCGUGUGGAGAUCGAGUAUGAGACGGAGGGUCCUGGCAAGGAGAGUGUUCUGGCUUGAGGGAGGUGAAGCAUUGAACAUAAAAGCAAGGGUUUCUGUUGUUGUCGCUGCUGCUGCUGCUUUCGUGUCCUGGAUGGCGUUGUCUGGUUUAGAAUACUUCUGUUUGUUACUGUUGAUCUCUGCUGCGAUCGGGCAUCCAUACCCCGCCAUUGCAUAUAUUAUCUACUUAACAGGAGUUCCUGGUGUUGCUGCUGCCAUGC